AACACCUCUUUAAUCUCAUGGCCAUGAUGGCCAUUGGAGAUUUGGUGGAUGAAGAACCAUUAGAACAGUCAUGAAUGGUCAAAGUGUAAAAUGUGAAAGGAGAUUAAGCUGAAGUUAAACACCAUGUUCCUACCACUGUGACAGAGCCCUUCCUCUCCUCUCUUCUGCUGCCCUGUUCAUCUCUUUCUUUUUAUUCGAUUCCUCUAUUCCAUUCCACACGCAUUGCUGCUACUGCUAUCUCAGCACCAGCCUUUUUUUUUUCCCCCUUUCUUUUUUCCGCUCUCCGCAACCGAGGAUUUUUCUUUUGAAAAAAGGAUUGCAACUUGCGGUUUUUUGGCGCACCUUGAUUACUCUAGAUUUUAUAGAGACGAAUGUGAGCGGUCAAAUCCUUCUUUUUAGCUUCUGUGCGUUGUGUUUUGUGCUCUUCUUUUGUCAGUUCGUGAAGGUGCUCUCCUGUUCUUGCGUGGCUGCUGCAACGAGAGGGAGUGGAGCGGCGGCCGGCCAUGGCACAGCCGAGUGCAUGGGAAGCGGAGAAGAUGUUGGAUGUGUACAUCCAUGAUUACCUGUUGAAGAGGAACUUGCAGAACACUGCGAAGGCCUUCCAAGCAGAAGGCAGCGUGUCUUCGGAUCCUGUUGCAAUUGAUGCCCCAGGGGGUUUCCUCUUGGAGUGGUGGUCAGUCUUCUGGGAUAUCUUCAUUGCAAGGACGAACGACAAGCAUUCUGAUGUUGCUGCUUCGUACAUCGAGACACAGUCAAUUAAAGCUCAAGAGCAGCAGCCAUCACAGCUGCAGCAGCAAGAGGUCCAUUCCCAGCAGUCCCCACGGCAGAUCCAAAUGCAGCAACUCCUGCUACAGAGGCAUGCACAACAGCAGCAGCAGCAGCACCAGAAUCAGCAGCAUUCACAGCAGCAACGCCGCCAGCAGAAGCAACAGCAGCGCAGUGAAGGCACUCAUUUACCCACAAGUGCACAGAAUGGUUUGAUUUCUUCCGAUCCUCCAACACGAAGCACAGCAGCUGCAAGUUCUUUGUCUGCAAAGAUGUAUGAGGAGAGGGUGAAAAAUUCUGUUCAAAGGGACACCUUAGAUGAAGCACCUGCAAAGCAAAGGUUUACAGAAAAUAUUGGGCAAUUGCUGGAAUCAAACUCGUCAUCUAUGGUGAAGUCCGUUGCAAUAUCAGCUCAGGCUUCAGGGCAAAUUUUCCAUGGAUCAGCUGGUGGCAUGUCAGGUACUUUGCAACAGGUUCAGGCCCGAAGCCAACAACUUCAGGCAUCAACACAGGAAAUGAAGGUAGACCCGAAUGCUGCUCUACACAUGAGAGCUGCAGGGGCAGAUGGGUCAUUAAUUGGAGUACCAGGCACUAACCCGGCAGGGAACAAUUUGACGUUGAAAGGGUGGCCUCUUACUGGGUUAGAUCAGCUUAGAUCUGGGUUUCUCCAACAGAAAUCUUUUAUGCAGUCUCCCCAACCAUUGCACCAUCUGCAAUUUCUCACUGCACAGCAACAGCAGCUUCUGCUUCAAGCACAACAAAAUAUGACUUCUUCACCUGGAGAGAUGGACAGCAGAAGGCUUCGGAUGCUUUUGAGCAGCCGAAACGUUGUUCCUGGUAGGGAUGGUCAAUCCAAUGCAUACACUGAAAUUAUUCCUAGUGUUGGCCCUUCAUUGCAAAGUAUGUGCUCACCUGUCCAGCGAAUGGAGACUGACAUGCUGAUGAAGAAGAUAGCAGCCAUACAACAGAACCAGCAGAGCAGCAACCAGCAACAGCUCCUUCAACAUACUUUACUUAGCCAGCAACCCCAAAUCUCUAGUCACCUUCCAGUCCAGCAGGAAAAAAUGGGGGCUGGAAGUGUUACUAUCGAUGGAAGCUUGUCUAAUUCAUUUCGUGGAAGUGAACAGGUUUCCAAGAAUCAGAAUGGGCGAAAGCGCAAACAGCCUAUCUCAUCAUCUGGUCCAGCCAAUAGCUCGGGCACUGUGAACACUGGAGUUCCUUCCUCAGAACCCUCAACUCCUUCAUCACAAAGCCCAGGAGACACAAUUUCAAUGCCCUCACUGCAUCACAAUACUAACUUAUCAAAGGCUUUGGUUGUUUGUGGUGCAAGUACACCAGUGGCAAUGGGAUCACCAACAAAUCAACUUACUGACAUGGAUCGUUUUGUGGAGGAUGGCUGCUUGGAAGAUAAUGUGGAGUCGUUCCUGUCACAUGAUGAUGCAGAUAGAAGAGACGCUGGCAAUCGCUGUAUGGAAUCCACUAAAGGAUUUAUCUUCCAAGAGAUCUCUUCUGUACAAGCAAGCACGAACAAGGUUGUAUGCUGCCACUUCUCAUCAGAUGGAAAAUUACUUGCUACCGGGGGUCAUGACAAGAAGGUGGUAUUGUGGCAUGCUGAAAACUUAAAACAGAAGUCAAUACUGGAGGAACAUUCUCUUCUGAUUACUGAUGUACGGUUCAGUCCAAGCAUUCCACGCCUUGCUACCUCCUCAUUUGAUAAAACUGUCAGGAUCUGGGAUGCUGACAAUCAAGGUUAUUCAAUUCGGACGUUCACUGGGCACUCAGCAUCUGUUAUGUCACUGGAUUUCCACCCCAACAAGGAUGACCUCAUUUGUUCUUGUGAUGGGGACAAUGAGAUACGAUUCUGGAGUAUCAACAGUGGAAACAUCGUUCGGAUUUUUAAGGGAGGCUCAAGCCAGCUGAGAUUUCAACCACGUCUUGGAGGAUAUCUUGCAGCAGCUUCAGAGAAUGCUGUCUCUAUACUUGAUGUGGAGACUCAAGCUUGCGUUAGGAGGUUUGAGGGCCACUCAAAUCAUGUCGAUUCUGUGUGCUGGGAUUCUACUGGUCACUAUGUUGUAUCUGUCAGUGAAGACACGGUAAAGGUAUGGUCUAUGAAUGCUGGGAGCGAUGAUCGUUGUGUGCAAGAGCUUAACUGCAGUGGGAGCAAGUUUCAUUCGUGUGCUUUCCACCCUUCAUAUCCAUCUUUGCUUAUCAUAGGUUGUUACCAGUCUCUUGAGCUGUGGGACAUGUCGGAGAACAGAACGAUGACCCUUGCGGCUCAUGACAGCCUCAUCACAGCAUUGGCAUCCUCGAGCUCUGGACUUGUUGCUUCCACAAGCCAUGACAAGUUCCUCAAGCUGUGGAAAUGAAGUUCUUCCAAGCUAGCUGCACUCUAACCCUCAAACUUUGGAUGGGCCUCUUUUCCUGAAUUUUUUUGGUCGCACCAUUAGCCCCCAAAAGGCUAUUGUGUGCUGAUGGUAUAAAGACUAUAUGGUAUAAUAUCCCCCCCAAAGUAGCUGGCUACUGCAUGACUGAAUAUAUGGCUAUCCUAGUAUACCUUUUGCUAACCCUGGGAAGGUGGAUUAGUACUAGCAUUUUGUACAGAACAUGAGCUAUGCUUUGUGUUAAUUAUAUAGUCUAUCUGAACCACUGAAGUGUCUAUGGUCUGAAUCCUGAAAACUUUACUGUUGCAUCUCUGCUAUAAACAUGAAGAAUGUUGUGGGAUUCUCGUCGCAGUUUCAAGGAGGCUUUUGUAACUGAAGAUGGCUGAACUGAAUUUCAGCAAGAAUGUCUGAAAUCUGGAAAAUUU